AAUUCACCUAAUAAGGCGCGAACUGAAAUUCUCUCUUUAACCAUCUCGCACGCACACAAAAACUACGCUCUUUGUAGACUACUACUUUCUUCUUGUUCUUCUUCUUCUUCUUUUUUCUUCUUCUUCUUCCAUGUGAAAAGCUCGCAAAAGUGGAACAGUUGAGUUUUCAGGUAUCGAUGGCCUUUUUCUUUUUGCUUUCAGUAGUGUGAAAAUCGAAUUGGAUUGUGUUCAUGGAUUUCGACAUGGACGAUCAAGUCUCGAACCCCAAGAAACUCAAGCACAACGAGGUUGUUGAUGUGAUGGGUGUUGACAGCAACCUAUAUCCCUCUGAUGUUUCGAGUCAUGAAAAAGCUCAUGCAUUUUCCAAGGGAAAAUCAAAAGUAGAUUAUGAUGAUACAUGGGCACAUCAGAUUAUGGAUGUUUCAUCUUGUGAUCAUGGGAUUUCUACUAGUAUAGCAGGAUCUUUGGACAGCAUUGAUCAUAUAAAGAGUUCCACUCCUGAACCAAUUAAUUUAAACAAUAUCAACAGUUCCAAUUCUGACUUGUCAUAUCAUGAAGAUGAAAUUUGUGAUGAUGAUGGUGAUUAUGUUGAUGAUAAUUCUGAUUAUGCCAAUGAUGACUAUUUGUAUGAAGAUGAUUAUUUGGCUAUCCAAUCUCAAUUCGAUAAUGUGGAUCUUCCACCUGGAGUAGAGGCAUCACUUCCUUGGAUGAAAGAUCCUGCUCCUUCUGCAAUUGUCAAUGCUGGUACAAGCAAUUCAUCUAUUGCAGGUCUUUUUGAAAGCAAGGGAAAGGAUACUGUAUUAGGUAGUGCUGAAACAAAAAGGACAGCAGAGUCAAGCUUUAAUGAGGAAGUCAUAGACAAUGAAGAAAAUGGUAUUAUGCAUAAAUUUAAGAACUUCAAACAAUUUGAUACUGUGGAAGAUUUCUCGGAUCAUCACUACAGCCGUAUGGGCUUCUCAGGACAGCAGCAGCCCAAAAGUUGGGCAAAGAGAAUUCAAGAGGAAUGGAAAAUUCUGGAGAAGGACCUACCAGAUACAAUUUCUGUUAGAGUUUAUGAAGCGCGGAUGGAACUUUUGAGGGCUGUCAUUGUGGGACCUGCUGGUACUCCUUAUCAUGAUGGCCUUUUUGUCUUUGACUGUCUCUUCCCCCCCACAUAUCCUGAUAUACCCCCAUCGGUCUACUACUAUUCAGGCGGACUUCGAUUGAAUCCAAAUUUGUAUGAAUGUGGUAAAGUAUGCCUCAGCCUUUUGGGAACCUGGAGCGGAAGACAGAAUGAAAUGUGGAUCCCGGGGACAUCAACCAUGCUUCAAGUUCUGGUUUCUAUUCAAGCUCUCAUUCUUAAUGCAAAACCCUUCUUCAAUGAGCCUGGAUAUGAAUCAUCUUAUGUUGGGGCAGAAGGAGAUAGAAGAUCCAGGAAGUACAGUGAGGAUGUAUUUAUCUUAUCUUUGAAGACAAUGAUGUACACACUUCGGAGACCGCCUAAGUAUUUUGAAGAUUAUGUCAUUGGUCAUUUUCACUCGCGUGCACGUGAUAUUCUGGUAGCAUGUAAAGCUUAUGUGGAUGGCGCUACAGUGGGUUCAGUUAAAGUUAAAGAUGGAGUAGCUGAAAUCGAUAACGAGGACCGGAAUGCCUCCAGUGAAUUUAAAGUAACAUUAAGAAAGAUGAUAAAUGUUCUUAUUACAAACUUCACUAGAUUUGGGUCAAUAGAAUGCGAGCAGUUUCGACUUGAUGACUAAAAGUAAAAUAAAAAAGAAGCUGACAGCAGCAGGAGGAUAAGUGGGGUUGCACAGCCAUUGAUGGGUCUGACAUGGAGUGAACUACGAAAGUUUCACAGUUUUUGACAAAUUAGGCUGGACUAAUACCAAUUCAAGAAGUCAUUUUCUCUCUUUGAUUCUAGGAAGGUGUUGAUAUUAGCAGUGACUGCUGGAUUUUUUUCCCCCUGCAUGUAAGGCGAUUAAAAUGUAUACUUGGGCUUUCUUGUUUAUAUAUUUGAAAGCAAUUAACGUAA